AUGACUCAUAAGAGCGGCAAAGCUUUGGCGUCACGACUCCUAGACGUUUGCAACAUUGACCAAAAGAACACGUUUUGCCAAACCACGUACCGUCACGCCCUUCUCUUGGCGCGUGACGAAAACGGUUGCAGCACACUCAAGAAAGCCAUAACAAUAGCUGAUGACAUCUUAAAAUCUGAUUUCCUCGAGCUAAUGGCGUUGCACGCUCACUUCCUAAGCGAGGACGCUUUAGGAAUCUCCUUAAUCGAACAUGUGCUUAACCUCGACUAUACACGGAAAGCCACAGAAGACGACACGCGCUUGCACGAGCUAUUCGCGGAGUUUGAUGAGAUACUCCCGACAUGUGACACGGUGGAGCUUCUUAACCUUGCCUCGAAGCUGACGUCAGAUUCUCGUCUCUUUUUGGAGUUUGUCAAAACAAAACGAGGCUUGCUCAUGGUUCAGAUCAUCCUUGGAAGAUCAGAAGAAGUCGACACAGUUUUUUGGGAGGCCAUCAGGCGAGGCUACACCGAUCUUGCAAUCACUUAUCACGGUCAUCGCAUCAUGUUACGGAUCAUAAACGUUUUCGAGAAAAGAGGAAACAAGAAUGUGUAUAAGCAAAUCCUACGCCUAGUUGGAUACAACGCUUUCUACCUAUCCAAACAACCUAUUAUGGGAAACGCAGCCGUACUACACGCCAUUAAUAUCCACAACUCGAGCUGUACGGAAUUCAUCGCUUGUGGGCUUCAAUGCCACUACAUUGAGCUUUCCUUUCUGAAUAAUGGGAGCAACAUUGUGGAGAAGCUCCUCGGUGAAGUUGACCAAGAUUUCAUGCUGCCUUUGAUUUUUAUGGUGAUGGAGAUUGUCAACUGUGAUGAAGAUACGUUGUUGGAGCCUCUUCUUGAUACCUUGCGUGGGUCUCGCGGAGAUAACAUUGCAGCUAUGAUCCUCCAGGCCAUCCAGUCUGACUCAGAUCAGUCAGACAAGUCUGAGUCAGAUCAAUCAGACCAAGACCAAGACCAAGACCAAGACCAGUCUGACCGGUCUGAGACAGACCUCAAGGAUCCAAUUUUUUAG